AUGGGAAAAUCGGCCAAGGCGAAUAAACCCCUCACUCAGGAAGAGAUCUGGGAUGAUUCGGCCCUCGUCCAGAGCUGGGAUGAGGCUGUCGAGGAAUAUAAACUCUACCACAGCAUUCAUGCGAAGGGGGAGAAUGUUGAAGAUGUCCUAAGAGAAGCAGAGGCUGCUGAGAAAGCUGAAAUGGAGCAAGAUGAGCAGCCGUUGGACGAAUCGGCCGACCGCAUGGAUGCUGACGUCGACGCCGACACUGCUGCCAAUGCAACAACUGCAGCAGAACCUCAACAGGUGCCACAGGCCAAACCGUCGCAAGCUACAGAAGGACCGGAACAGCCUUCUGGACAGGGUGCCCAUGUCACCGAUCAAACGGCUGGGUCCAGUUCCGUAGGAGCACCUCCUAUGCCUCAUGCCACCCUAUCCCAAGUUCAAGAUGAGGGACUCAAAAACCUCAUGAUGGCCUGGUACUAUGCUGGAUACUACACUGGUCUAUAUGAAGGCCAACAGCGAGCGAACCAGAACAAGAGCUCAUAA